GGUGAGAGUGGAGGGGCACGUCUGAGGUGUGUGGCUGGCCGUCUCUGCAGUCCUCAUCUGCCUUCUCGUGCGCACCUUGGUCCAGCGGGGUGUGAGUGGGUCCAGCAGAAGGAAACAUGGCUGCCAAAGUGUUUGAGUCCAUUGGCAAGUUCGGCCUGGCCUUAGCCGUCGCGGGAGGCGUGGUGAACUCUGCCUUAUAUAACGUGGACGCUGGGCACAGAGCUGUCAUCUUUGACCGGUUCCGAGGCGUGCAGGACAUGGUGGUGGGGGAAGGGACCCACUUCCUCAUACCGUGGGUGCAGAAGCCAAUUAUCUUCGACUGCCGCUCACGACCGCGGAACGUGCCGGUCAUCACCGGUAGCAAAGAUUUACAGAACGUCAACAUCACGCUGCGCAUCCUCUUCCGGCCGGUGGCCAGCCAGCUGCCGCGCAUCUUCACCAGCAUCGGGGAGGACUAUGACGAGCGCGUGCUGCCGUCCAUCACCACCGAGAUCCUCAAGUCCGUGGUGGCGCGGUUUGAUGCGGGCGAACUCAUCACGCAGAGAGAGCUGGUCUCCAGGCAGGUGAGCGACGACCUCACCGAGCGCGCAGCCACCUUCGGCCUCAUCUUGGAUGACGUGUCCUUGACGCAUCUGACCUUCGGGAAGGAGUUCACGGAGGCAGUGGAAGCCAAACAGGUGGCCCAGCAGGAAGCGGAGAGGGCCAGAUUCGUGGUGGAGAAGGCCGAGCAGCAGAAGAAGGCGGCCAUCAUCUCUGCCGAAGGCGACUCCAAGGCUGCCGAGCUGAUCGCCAACUCGCUGGCCACGGCGGGCGACGGCCUGAUCGAGCUGCGCAAGCUGGAGGCGGCGGAGGACAUCGCGUACCAGCUCUCGCGCUCCCGGAACAUCACCUACCUGCCGGCCGGGCAGUCGGUGCUCCUGCAGCUGCCCCAGUGAGGCCCGCCCCGCCUGCAGAGGCGCAGCCCCGGCCAUUCUGAACACUCAGCCUUCCUCCCGCCCCACCCCAGAAAUCACUGUGAAACUUCCCGAUUGGCGUAAAGUGGAGGGAAUAAAGGUAGAAUCAGAUUUCUGAUUA